AACACCAGCGUGCUCAUGUAACUGGAGGAAAGGGUUACAUAUGCGUCUCGUUGGUGCAGCUAUUUCAUUUGGAGUUCUUUGUUUUCCGUGUCGGAAGGGAGACAAAUUAUCGAAACGCCGGACUUUUCUUGUGCAACUCUUCUCUUUGGUUUCCAGGCCCCCCUCGACGCUCCUCUACUCGCGAAAAUCCGCCAACAUGUCAGCCAAGAAGCGCAAGGCGACAUCAGCUGCUGGGGAAGCGGAGCCCAGCACCAAGCAGCCGCGGCAGGAGAACCCGAAGAAGGAAGCGGGCUGGCUGCACGGCCUGAUCAAGCAGCAGAGAGAGGACAAGAAGGACAUGAAGUUCAACAAGAAAAGAGAACGCUUCAUCAGUGAGACGCAGAAGAUCCGGCAGGGCUCUGGGGGAGUGCUUUACUGGAUGCAGAGGGACCAGAGAGUUCAAGAUAACUGGGCGCUGAUCCGCGCACAGCAGCUGGCCACCAAAGAGAGCCUCCCUCUGCACGUCUGCUUCUGCCUGGUGGUACCAAAAUCCGAGCUGUCCACACUGAGACAUUAUUCCUUUCUGCUGAAGGGGCUGGAAGAGGUUGAAAAGGAAUGCAAACACUUGAACAUCCAGUUCCAUCUGCUGCGCGGAGCAGCCGGCGACGUGCUCCCCGACUUCGUGACCGGGCACAACUUUGGGGCUGUGGUGACGGACUUCUCCCCCCUCAGAGAGCCUGUUCAGUGGCUGGAAGCUGUGAAAAAGGGACUUCCAGAGGACAUUCCCUUCAUACAGGUCGAUGCCCAUAAUAUCGUUCCCUGCUGGGUCGCAUCGCCUAAGCUGGAGUACUCCGCCAGAACCAUCCGAGGGAAAAUCACUAACCUUUUGCCCGAGUUCCUCACUGCUUUCCCUCUCGUGGACAAACACUCGUUCUCAGCUGCAAAAUCAGCAAAGGCGGUGGACUGGGACAAAACUUUGGCCUCGCUGCAGGUGGACAGAACAGUCGGGGAGCCCAAGUGGGCCAAGCCGGGCACAGAGGCCGGCCUCGCCAUGUUGGAGUCCUUCAUUGAUGUGCGUCUGAAACUGUUUGGCGAGCAGCGCAACGACCCCAACGCCGCCGCCCUCAGCCAGCUGUCACCGUGGCUCCGCUUCGGUCAGCUCUCAGCCCAGCGUGUGGCGCUGCAGGUGCGUAAGAAUCCAAGUCCGUCUGUGCCGGCCUUCAUCGAGGAGCUGGUGGUGCGCAGAGAGCUGACGGACAACUUCUGCUUCUACAACGAGAACUACGACAACGUGAAGGGUGCGUACGAGUGGGCUCAGAAGACUCUGAAGGAUCACGCCAAGGACAAGCGAGAGUAUCUCUACACCAGAGAGCAGUUUGAGAAAGCGCAGACUCAUGACAAGCUGUGGAACGCAGCUCAGAACCAAAUGGUAACUGAAGGGAAGAUGCACGGAUUCUUGAGGAUGUACUGGGCCAAAAAGAUCCUGGAGUGGACCACCUCGCCAGAGGAGGCGCUCUCCAUCGCUCUGUACCUGAACGAUCGCUACGAGCUGGACGGGCAGGACCCCAACGGGUUUGUUGGUUGCAUGUGGUCAAUCUGCGGCAUCCAUGACCAGGGCUGGGCAGAGAGACCGGUGUUUGGAAAAAUCCGCUUCAUGAACUACAAAGGCUGCCUUCGCAAGUUUAAUGUGGCGCAGUUUGAGAGGAAGUACUGUUCUAAGAAAGUCUGACCUCAUUUUGACUAAAUGUUUUUUGGGUUGUGCCUUUACCUCAGGAAACUUUCUAAUUAUUUUAUUUUAUUUUUUUAUAUUUAGACUUGAAGAUGUUUUAGCAUUUUACGGUUUAAGAUUUUUUGUGCCUGUUAAACUUUUACUUUGGGAUGUUCUUCUCUUUUUUUAGUGAAACUUUUUAUAUAUUGUUUCUUCCUGAUCAUCAUCUAUUGUUGUCUUUUCAACAUAAAAUACUUUUUUGUGGUAA